AUGCGACUUUGCUGCAAUUUCUGGGCUGCCGCCAUGCUUCUGGUCACAGUCUCCUCCGGGCUGAGACCACCGAGAUCCUACUACCGGAGGAGUUACUUUAGUGCCUUGGCUCCGGGCGGCGGACACGGACACGGAUCGGGACCGUCGUCGAGUUCCCUGCCAGGACCCGUAAGACUGGGACCCGCCGGUUACCUGCGAUCCGAUCUUCAAACGAACGAGAGUAAACAUCGUCCUGUCAGCAAAAAGUAUCCCAAGAAGAGCCACUACAGGCCCUACGGAUCGCAAGAGGAGGAUGACUACUCUGGAGAGCGUUACAAUUCCGCUGAGUACUCUGCAGAGUCCUCUGUCCAGGACAGCCGGGAAUAUUCCAUCGGCACUCAGAUACGCGUCCAACAUCCCAUUACUGUGCCCAAGAAGGCGAGUAGCCCAGUAUCCGGAUACCCAAAGCAGCCCAAAUAUGUGGCAGCCAUUCCCUACAAGGCCACUGGCUAUGGCUCAGAUGUUCACAUUGGAUCCGCAUCCGGAGAGGAUGUGGGACCUCCGCCGAAGCGCUCCAAAUGGAAUCCCGUGCAGUAUGAUGCGGAAGUUGAUCCCUUCCAUAUGGUGCCCCCGCCAAAGACCACUGCAGCCUCCAGCAGUAAUUCAUAUAGUGUCUAUGAGACGGAUCACGACGACUACGAGGUGGUUCCAGUGCCGCGACCAAAGAACCACGAUCGGUACAAAAAUGUGGCCUCCAAAAAGCAGAUCGAGGCCUACCUGGAGGAUCAGCAAAAGCUCCUGGACGAGGCCAUCAAGGUGCAGCUGCUGAACAAUCCCAAGCUGCAGAAGUUCCUCAAGGCACAGGCCCAGGAGCACGAGCAGGAGUCACGCCCUGACCUUGAGAUUGAGGACUUCGAGGCUUUUCCCCCCAAUUUUUCAGGCCCUGGACCGCUACGUAGCAAGUACGUAGAUCAUUCACCUCCACCCAAGGGAUCUCGUUCCCGACGGCGCCCACCCAGUGUAGAGCUCCACCGGCCACCCAAAUCCAAGCCGUUGCUCAAGCCCAAGCGAAAGUAUCGAUCCACGGCCCUGGUCAUCAAUGUGUGA